AUGAUCCCCAAAGGCCUCCGAAUUUCUUUCACACAUCUUUCAUUUUAUGUAUUUACCCUUGUAAUUGUUACGCAGCUAUGGUCCAUAUGGAGACAGUCAACUACGAACUACGUCCCGUACAAGUCGGAAGAUUGGGAGUUCAACCCCGAUGUACACGCCAACGUGCACACGCUCAGCCACGAGCAAUGCGAUGUCGCGUUCCCGGAACUGUACUACAGCCUGGACCAGGCAGUGAGCCGGCGGAAAGGACGCAAGGUGCACAUCAAGGACAUUGAGAUCUCCGAGGGCAGAUGCAUGAUGCGGCUCAUGAUCCAUCAGGGCGAGCUUUUCGUCGUCGAUUCUGGAAAGCCCGAAGAAUGCUAUGUCACGAACGGCAACGAACGCGAACGCAUCCUCGGAACCCUCGCGCAAAUAGAUCGAGCCCUCGUGGGAUCUCCGCUGUCCGAUCCGUCUGUCCCCAAUGUCGAAUUCUCCAUCGCGCUUGACGAUCUGCCUCGACGAUCCAAGGCUAAAGGCACGUUCUUUGGUUACACACGGAAAGAGGGGCGCGAAUACGAAGAUAUCUGGAUCAUGCCCAACUUUGGGUUCUGGUCUUGGAACUACACGCAUGCGCCUAGCUGGAACAGCAUCCGGCGGGAGAUCGAGAUCCAGGAGGAACAAGUGCCAUGGAACAAGAAGGACCCGCGGAUAGUGUGGCGGGGCAAGGUCAAAAUGGCGACGUUGAGGAAAGAGCUUGUGCGGGUCAGCGAAGGGAAGAGCUGGAGCGACAUCAAGCCUGUCGUCAUCAAUAACUCGACAGACGAGCAUACCAAGGACGUCAUGAACCUGCGCCAGUUCUGCGGCUACAAAUUCACUGUCCAGACUGAAGGCACAUCCUACUCUGGCCGUCUGAAGUACCUCCAGCUCUGCCGCUCCGCCCUUGUCACCCACCCGCUCGAGUGGCAGGAGUUUCACACGCAUCUGAUGCGUCUCGCCGGUCCGGAUGUCAACUACAUCGAGGCGUCUGAAAACUUCGGGAAUCUCGAGUCGGCGAUGGAAUACUACCGCGACCACGAUGAUGAAGCGGAGUUGAUUGCGAAGAACAGCCACGAGAUGUUCGCCCGGAGAUAUCUGACUCCCGCUGCUGUUACAUGCUACUGGAGACGGCUUUUCUGGUCAUGGGCAUCAGUGCAAGGCUACGAACCAAAAUUGUAUUACCCAGAUAAGAACGGCGUACUGUCCAUGCGAGCAACGCCAUGGACAGCAUUUGCAGCCAACUGGCCAAAGGACCCCUCGAUCAUCCCAUGA